AAUCCCCCUCCCAACCUAGCACCUACCACCGCCAUUCCAAUCCCCAAUCGCAUCGCGCACGAACCCCGAAUCCGCUGUCGCAUUUGCUGGCGAGCUCCCGCUCCCUUUCCAUUUCAGAGAGGCGGUCUAGGGCCCUGUAUUUAGAUCCGGUCUUGCCUUGCACUGGUGGGGGAGCGGAUUUAGGUGAACGAGCACCUUGAUUUUUGACCAAUCUUUGCUCUACCCACCUUGUGGUGUUCGUCUUUUAAACCUUCGGGGCCUGGGAAGAGGAGGCGAAGCCGCAGCAAGAACUGCGGUUUCAAGCAUCCUGCCGCUGGCGUCCGAAGGAACCAUAAAGUGUUCAAGUGGAGGUAUUGGGAACGAAUAAGGUUUUUAAAGGUUGUUGUUUUACCUCUGUAGCCUGACAAUGUUGAGGCAGAGCUCCAGUAGAAAUCACAGAUCCAAAGGUCUGAAGCUAAAGAAAGCUCUCCAGAUAAGUCUCGUGGUUCUGGUUUCUGUUUGGUUGCUCUACCAAGUUAAGCAUUCCUACGAAAAGAAGGCUUAUAGCGAAGAUGAAGCUAAUGAUUUGCUUAAAGAUGACAAGAACCAGGAAGAGGCAAUCAGGUUAGGCAGGAAGGACCUGCCUACAAAGAUGGAUGCUGAUUCGUCUACAUUGGAUGAACGGAUUGAGGACGGAGAGAAUGAUGAAAUGGAGCAAGAAAUGAAGCACGAUGAGAAUGAUGAGGAUCCCAUUGACGAGCAAGACCUGGACAAGGAUGAUGAUCUUCCAGAGCCUGGUGAACAUUCUUCUGACAAGGAUGGAGAUGAUGUGGGUGUGUUUGAGGACGAAGAGCAGAAGGAACGGUCUCAGGAGGAUCAGGAGAAGACCUUCCAUGGUGAUAAUGUUUCUAGUGCUGUUACUCAUGACCCUCCAUCAUCUGAGCAAGAUGAUCUGUCCCAUCAUGCCCAAGAGAAGAUCUUAUACGUGGAUGAUGCUUCAACUGCAGUGUCUCAUGAAAACCAGGAGGCUGGACUCAAGGAGGAUGAAGUGCGCAAGGCUAGGGAGAAGAGUUUCAGAGGUGAUGAUGUGUCAAGUUCUGUGGACCAUGAUGCCAAGGUGACAAAACCUCUCCCAGAAGAACAAUUGAAUAGCAUGGAUAGGAUAUUUGAAGGCACCACAAAUUUGUCCAAUGGAAUUUCAUUUCGUGGUCCUGGAGUACAUGGAUCAAAUGCUACAGGAGAACACAUGGCUACUCUGAUGAAUGCAUCUUCCCAUCAGAAUGCAAAAAUACCUAGCGUGGACUCAGAAAGCAAGACCCAUCCAACUCUAGUGAAUUUGACCAGCAACCAUGAGCAAACUAAUUCAACUUUGAAAAGUCAACCAGAGCAGCAAGUAAAUUCAACGGUGGUGCUGGACAACCAAUUACAGCUCUUGUCUGACCAGACAACUUCUGUUGAGUUGCAUUCUCCACCAAAUGGCACCUUAGCUUUGGUUACGGAUAGCCAAAAGUUCACAUCUGGAGCUGGAGAUAAUAACACUGAAUCAUCCUCGACCCCGGUGAAGAACAAGGUCGAGGUCCAAGAUGCUAACAAAGAGGACGUAGAUGUAUCCACAAAAAUAAUGAACAGCGCAAUGAGUGAAGAUGAAGUUCUUCUGGAAUGAUAAGAUCUCUCUUGUUAGCUUCUGGUGUAACCUGUAAGUUUGUAGGACUUCAAGUAACUUGUUGUCUUUAUCUCCUAAACUUGGAGAUGCAAUGCAGGCAGGCUAUCUCUAUCGCCCCCCUUUUUGUAUAAGUUUGAUAGAUAUCUGCUUUGUAUUGCCUAGUACAUCAUCGUCAGGGGCAGGUGAUGAACAAGAAGCAGUAUCCACAGAAAUAUACUGAUCCCGCAGCUCCGAAGCUUUGCUGCUGGAAUCAUAUGCCAACUAAUAAUGAGAUGUCCAUCUAGUGCAUGUUUGUGUCUGAAUCUGAAUAUGUGUAGCUAUGAACUGUAAUGUUAGCUAUCUGAAUCUGAAUAUGUGUAGCUAUGAACUGUAAUGUUAGCUAAGUGUAGCUUGCUGAUGAGUUUCGAUGUUUUAA